AUGCCUAAAGAAGAUUGCAAGACAGAAAAGAGUAUAGACAGUAUUGAUGAGAAUGUAUUAAAAAAAUAUGAUAUAUUAAAAAAAGUUGGUAAAGGAGCUUAUGGUGUUGUAUUUAAAGGUAGAUGUAAGAAAAAUAAGAACAUUGUAGCUGUGAAGAAAAUAUUUGGAGCUUUUCAAAAUUGUACAGAUGCUCAAAGAACGUUUAGAGAAAUAAUAUUUUUAUAUGAAUUAAAUGGACAUGAUAAUAUAAUAAAAUUAAUGGAUGUUAUAAAAGCAAAGAAUGAUAAUGAUAUAUAUCUUAUUUUUGAUUUCAUGGAAACCGAUUUACAUGAAGUAAUAAAAGCAGAUUUAUUAGAAGAGAUCCAUAAGAAAUAUAUAAUAUAUCAAUUAUUAAGAGCUUUAAAAUAUAUCCAUUCAGGAGGUUUAUUACAUAGAGAUAUUAAACCAUCAAAUAUAUUAGUAAAUUCAGAAUGUCAUAUAAAAGUAGCAGACUUUGGAUUAGCUAGAAGUAUUUCAACUCAUGUUAAUGAAAAUAAAGUACCUAUACUAACAGAUUAUGUAGCAACUCGAUGGUAUAGAGCUCCUGAAAUUUUGUUGGGUAGUACGCAUUAUACAGAAGAUGUUGAUAUGUGGUCCUUAGGUUGUAUCAUGGGAGAAUUAUUAUGUGGAAAACCGUUAUUUACAGGAAAUUCUACAAUGAAUCAAUUAGAAAAAAUAAUACAAGUAAUAGGAAAACCGAAUAAAAAGGAUAUAGAAGAUAUUAGAUCACCUUUUGCCGAAAAAAUAAUUUCGUCUUUUGUAGAUUUAAAAAAAAAAAAUUUAAAAGAUAUAUGUUAUAAGGCUUCUAACGAAUCCUUAGAUUUAUUAGAAAAGUUGUUACAGUUUAAUCCGUCUAAAAGGAUAAGUGCAGAAAAUGCCCUUAAACAUAAAUAUGUUGAAGAAUUUCAUUCAAUAAUUGACGAACCUACAUGUAGACACAUUAUUACAAUUCCCAUAAAUGAUAAUACGAAAUAUAGAGUUAAUUUUUAUAGGAAUGUUGUUUAUUUUGUAAUUAUGCGUAGGAAUAAGUUUCACUCUAAUGUAUUGAACCAAGGGGAAAGUAAAAAAGAAGAAAAGAAGGAUCGAUAUUAUAGAAGGGAUAAGGAUAAAAAAAAAUGUAUAUGUGAAAAUAAUAAAGUACAUAUGGAAGAUAAAGAAUAUAAGAAUAAGAUCAUAUUUUCUCAAGGGGAUAAACCUGAAGACAUAAAGGAAGACCACAAAAAAUGUAAAAUUUGUGAUGAAAUUCAUGUGGAUACAUCAAAACAAAUUGAUUCUAUCAACCUAGAGCAUGUAGUUCUUAAUAACAAUGAUGUAUCUUAUGUUGAUAAGAAAAAAAAAACAAAAUAUGAACCAGUAUACAAGGAAAGAGGAAAAAUGAAAAAAGAUAAAAUGGGAAAUGUUUACUGUAAGGAUAGAGAAAGGAGAGUUUUUUACGAGGCUAGAAAAAAGGAGAGCAUUACAAAUUUUACGACAGCAACGACGAUUAGUAAAAGUGAUGAUACAGAAGUGGAGAUGAGUCAGAUGGAAAUAAAUGAAAUUGAGUCAAAUGAAAUGAAAGGAAAAAUAAAAGAACAAAUAAAAGAACAAAUAAAAGAACAAAUAAAAGAACAAAUAAAAGAACAAAUUAAGAAGACUCAAAAUAAUAUUAGUAAGAUUUCCAUAGGGAGUAAUACAAUGAGUAGCACUAUCAGUAAAACUGAACCUAAUAGUAGAAACUAUUUUAUUAAUAAGAAAAGUGUUGAAUCUUUUUAUACUAAAGAAAGAAAAAAUAAUGACAUAUUGUUUCAUGCUAAUAAUAAGAAGGUUAUAUUUUUUAAAGACAAAAAUAAGAUUAAAAAUCAUAGCUCAGAAAAAAAAAAAAUUAAAUAUAAAGUAUUUUAUGGUUUUAAAAAAUCAUAUGAAAAUGAACAAAAUGUACCUCAUUAUUUAGAAACCAAAUGUAGUAAUACCCCGUUAGGGAAGAAUUAUUAUUAUAAAAAAUAUGUGGAUGGAAGUAACAAAAAAUAUGUGGAUGGAGGUAACAAAAAAUAUGUGGAUGGAGGUAACAAAAAAUAUGUGGAUGGAAGUAACAAAAAAUAUGUGGAUGGAAGUAACAGAAAAUAUGUGGAUGGAGGUAACAAAAAAUAUGUGGACGGAAGUAGUAAAAAAUAUGUGGAUGGAGGUAACAAAAAAUAUGUGGACGGAAGUAGUAAAAAAUAUGUGGAUGAAGGUAACAAAAAAUAUGUGGAUGGAGGUAACAAAAAAUAUGUGGAUGGAGGUAACAAAAAAUAUGUGGAUGGACGUGAUAAAAAAUAUAACCAUAAUUAUAACCAUUUUAAUAAUAAUUACUAUUACUAUAGUCGUAGAGGCUCUUUGAAAAGCGUAAACAAAGAAGAAGAGAACUGUUCCCAAAGAACAUGGAAGAAUACAGCAAAAUUACAUUUACCCCUUGUAGUAAAUAAAAGCACAAAACCAUUGAAUACUUUAUCACACGAUUAUUAUAAUAAAGACGAAGAAAAUAAAUAUAUGAAUAAUAGUAUGUUAAAAAAAGAAGUGAAGAAAAAAAUAUGGAGACAUCUCAUAGAUAAUGAGAAUAAAAAAAAUCAAGAUAUGACAGAUUAUUAUUAUAAUCCUAUAAUAAAUAAGACAGAAAAGAAUAAUAAGAGGAUAAAUUUUAAAUGUGGUGAGAAAAAAAAAACAGAGGAGAAAUGUGUUUCAAAUGAGUAA